AUGCCUUACGAUCGUCUUGUACAAGUAGGUCGGGUUGCCUACAUUGCCUAUGGUCCUGAAAAAGGCAAAAUAUGUUGUAUAACAAAUAUAAUCGAUCAGACACGUGUACUUGUCGAUGGUCCAUCAUCACAUGUUGCUCGACAAGCAUUAAAUAUAAAAUCUUUACAUUUAACAAAACAUGUUCUUAAACUUUUGCCUGGAGCACGUUCAAAAACGGUUAAAACUCUCUGGGAUAAACAUGAUAUUAAUAAAAAAUGGCAAGAAUCACGUUGGUGUAAAAAAUUACAAGCCAAACAUUUACGUUCAAAAAUGACCGAUUUUGAUCGAUUUAAAUUAUUACAUGCUAAACAAGCAUAUAAUCGCAUAGUGGCACAUGAAUAUAAUCGUUUGAAAAAGAAAAAUAAGGUACAAUUAGCUGCAAAAACAAAGAAACGUCAUCCAAGAAAAUUUGUUGCUAAAUCACAACGUAUUGCAAAUAAAUUUAAGAUAUUUGCUGCAACAGGUGCAACUGGCAAAAAGAAAUAA